AUGACAGACUUGGAAGAACCAACAAAGCAGGAGAACACUGACGAGAACAUCCCCAACAGGGAUCACAUUCAUGAUAACUCCUCUUCUUCGCCUGAAGAUGGCUUAGAUUUGGAUAGGAUCCACAUCUCUCCAGUUCCGAAGUUCUUCGGUUUCAAACAGUUCAAGAAACUUCUGGAGAAACACCUCUCUGGAAUAGACAUUAGGAAAGUGCGACAAAUGAAGUUUGAUGCUUACGUUAGUUUUAAAUCACCUGAAGAUGCACAGUUAGCCAUUUCGAAGUUGAAUGGGUUAGAAGUGAAGAAAACUGUGCUCAAAGUGCAACUUGCUCAGACAGAAAUUAAGUCAUUUGUCUCAAGCAAUCGGGAGAUAAAACCAAAAACUGCGAAGGAAAGUGUAACGAAGCUUGCAGAUGUUCCCUACAACGAACAGUUGCAACAGAAGGCUAAGGAGUCAUCAAAAUUAUGCGAAAGACUUCUAGUCGAGUUGAAGAAGGCAAAUGUCGAUGAUGCGGAUAAACUGAGAGCUACGCAACUAGUGAAAGAGGUCUUACCUUCACCUAAAAUCAGAGCUUAUAGAAACAAGUGCGAAUUUACAAUCGGACUCACACGUGAAGGAAAUGUCUGCGUGGGAUUCGUUGGUGGCCGCUUCUCACAGAAUGAGCAUCAUAUCAUUCCCAUUGACGAUGUCGAUAACAUUACAAAAACAAUGAAAAGGAUUGUUGUUGCUGUGGCGGAAUUUGUUCAGUCAUCAGGUUUACCGCCGUUCGAUGAGUUCGCUCGUGUCGGAGUGUGGAAGAUGCUGACAGUACGGGAAUUCGGAGGAGAUGUAAUGCUCAUCUUAACAGUUAAUCCAUUAGAAGACCGUGAAAAAGAGGAAUCGCUAAAAAAGGAAUUUUGUUCGAGAUUUCUUGAUCCUUCAACUUUCGAACGCGGUUUUCGAGUGACUUCGUUAUUCUGGCAUUCUAUAGCUAACUGCAGUGAUCAGGUUGCAUACGAACAUAUUGGUGGUGCACCGUACAUAUACGAGACUUUAUUGGGUUGUCGUUUCCGUGUUUCACCGUCGGCAUUCUUUCAAACGAACAGCCAAGCAGCAUCUGUCCUCUACACAACAGUCGGCGAAUCUUGUGGACUUUCGUCGACUCAUACCACACUAAGCGCCGAGAAGAAGGAGGAUUCCGAAGAAUUAAGCCGAAAGCGGCCAAGGCUUGAUGGAGGGACUAAUGACGAAGAAGAGGUUAGAGAGUGCGAUAGUGAAUUAAUAGAGGCGUCCAACUCAACAAUAUUACUUGAUAUAUGUUGUGGCACAGGAACUAUCGGGCAGUGCGUUCUGCAGGAGUUUAGAAGAAAGAACAAGGUGUGUUGCAUUGGUGUUGACGUAGUAGAGUCAGCCAUUGUCGAUGCUAGGGAGAACGCAAAAGCUAAUGGAAUGGGAGAAAAUAUGUGUCGCUACAUUGCCGGAAAAGCGGAGGAUGUCUUCCCAUCAUUACGCUUUCACAUUCCUCCUGGCUUCGACCUCCAACAGUCAAAUGUUGUGGGAGUGCUCGAUCCACCAAGGUGUGGAGUGCAUGAAAAAGUAGUGCUUGGAUGUCGCAUGAUGGACACUCUGCGACGUCUCGUCUUUGUCUCAUGUAAUCCAGCUGCGGCUAUGAAAAACGUUGUUGACCUUUGUCGCCCGACAUCGAAGAAAUAUGGCGGGCGACCGUUCAAACUGGUAUCGAUACAACCAGUGGACAUGUUUCCACAGACGCCCCAUAUAGACUGUUUCGCUUUCUUGCUGGAAAUGACUGAUACUCAAGGAAAAGUUAUCACUUGCAAGGCAGCAGUCGCGUGGCAAGCGAAGGCUCCGUUAUCAAUUGAAACAAUUGAAGUGGCCCCGCCGCAGGCUCACGAAGUUCGAGUAAAAAUCCUUUACACUGCGGUUUGCCACACCGACGUUUACACACUUGACGGCCAUGAUCCUGAAGGACUUUUUCCUGUUGUUCUUGGACAUGAGGGAGCUGGAGUGGUGGAAAGUGUUGGAGAAGGAGUGACGUCAUUCCAACCUGGAGACCAUGUGAUUCCACUAUAUAUACCUCAGUGCAAAGAAUGUGAGUAUUGCAAGAACCCUAAAACGAACCUCUGCCAAAAAAUCCGUAUCCCACAAGGGAAUGGGGUAAUGCCAAAUGGCAGUUCCCGGUUCACCUGUAAAGGAAAACAGCUUUUCCAUUUCAUGGGAUGCUCCACAUUUGCAGAAUACACCGUUGUAGCUGAUAUUUCUUUGUGCAAGAUCAAAUCGGAGGCACCACUCAAUAAGGUUUGCUUGUUAGGUUGUGGAAUUUCGACAGGAUAUGGAGCCGUUGUUAACACUUGCAAGGUGGAACCAGGCAGUACCGUUGCUGUCUGGGGACUCGGAGCUGUUGGCCUCGCUGUGAUAAUGGGGGCCAAAGUUGUUGGUGCAAAAAGGAUUGUGGCUAUUGAUAUUAGAGAAAAUAAAUUUGACAUAGCUCGACAGUUCGGAGCAACGGACUGCGUGAACCCGAAAUCUGUUCCCGAUGGCAAAUCACUGCAGUCUUGGCUUGUUGAAAACUUCGACGGUGGUUUUGACUACACGUUUGAGUGCAUCGGCAGUGUGCAAACCAUGAGACAAGCUUUAGAAGCAGCCCAUAAAGGAUGGGGUGUUUCGUGUAUUAUUGGAGUAGCCGCGGCCGGACAAGAGAUUUCCACACGUCCGUUCCAACUGGUUACUGGAAGAACUUGGAAAGGAUCCGCGUUUGGUGGCUGGAAAAGUGUUGACAGUGUUCCAAAGCUUGUCGAAGAAUAUAUGGCAAAAAAGAUCAAAGUCGACGAGUUCAUAACUCACCAUUUCAAAAUUGAUGACAUUAACUCCGCUUUGGAUGUGCUGCACAAAGGAGAGAGUCUGCGCUCUGUGAUCAGCUUUGCUUGA